AUGGCCGCUGUGACGCAGAACACGCCCCCGCAGGCGCCGCCGCUGUUCAACCACACUCCCGAGUCCAUCACCAGCUGCGCCGAGGAGCUCGCUACCCGCGCCAAGGCCAUCAUUGACAAGGUCGUUGCAGAAACCACUGUCGAGAACGCCACGUUUGAGAAUACGCUCAAGCCUAUCCUCCUAGAGGACAACCUUACUGAUCCCAUAUCUGGCGUCAUCUGCUUCUACCACUAUGUCAGCCCCGACGCUGCCCUCCGCGAGGCCUCCAUCAAAGCUGAGGAGAAGCUUUCGAAACUAGCUGUCGAGCUGCGCAUGCGCGAGGAUAUUUUCCAGCGUGUCAACACCAUCUACCAGAACCGCGAGGCGGCCGGCCUGGAUCCCGAGGCGCUGAACAUUGUUGAGAAGGAGCACAAACGGUACAGCAACAACGGUCUCUUGCUCCCAGCCGGUGUCGCACGCGAUCGUUUCAAGGAGAUCCAGCUUGAACUCAGCCGUUUGACUAUCGAGGCUAGAAACAACUCCAACAGCGAAACGGGCGGUAUCUUCUUUACUGCCGAGGAGCUGGCUGGUGUGCCCGAGACGGCCGUCAAUGUGUCUGAGCUGGAAAAGGGCACAGGCGAGAAUGAGGGCAAGUUCAAGGUCGGCUUCAAGCCCAAUGUGAGCGUUCCCCUUAUGGAACACGCCACGCGUCCUGAGACUCGUCGCGAUUACUACAUUGCCAAAGAAAACAAGCUCAACAUCAACACUCCCCUAUUCAGACAGAUUCUUCUUCUGAGAGACGAGGCUGCAAGACUCGUUGGCUACCAGGACCACGCCUCGCUCAGAAUCUCAGAGAAAAUGGCAAAGACUGCAGAGAAUGUCAACUCGUUCCUAGCAGACAUGCGCGAUCGUGCCGCAGUCGGCUUGGAGAAGGACGUAUCCCGGCUACUCGAGCACAAAAAGGCCGAGCACGAAGCUCGCAAUCUUGAUUACGACGGUGAAUUGUACGUCUGGGACGUGGGAUACUAUGAGCGCAUCCAAAAAGAAAAAGAGUACAGCGUGGACGAACAGGCAAUCUCCGAGUACUUUUCUCUGUGGCCGACCUUUAAUGGCAUGCUAGACAUCUUCCAGAAGCUGUUUGGCCUGCGCUUUGAGGAGCUUGACGAGGCGGCGCGCGCCAAAGCCAGCCCGACCGGCCAAGCCGCGGACCUGACCUGGCACGCCGACGUCAACCUGUACGCCGUCUGGGAGGCCGACGCGACCUUUAUGGGCUACCUGUACCUAGACAUGCACCCGCGCGAUCACAAGUACAGCCACUACGCCAACUUUGGCAUCGGCCCGGGCUCGUCAGACAACACCGACGGCCGCCGCCGCCACCCGUUCACGACGCUCGUCUGCAACUUCCCCAAGCCGACCAAGGAGAAGCCCGCGCUGCUGCAGCACAGCGACGUGGUGACGCUAUUCCACGAGCUCGGCCACGGCAUCCACAACCUCGUGUCCAAGACGCGCUACAGCGCGGCGCACGGCACCAACGUGUCGCGCGACUUUGUCGAGGCCCCGUCGCAGAUGCUCGAGCACUGGUGCUGGGUGCCGCGCGUGCUGCAGGUGCUGUCGUCGCGCUGGGACACCAAGGCGCCCAUCUCGGACGAGCUCGUCGCCAACCUCAUCCGCACCAAGAAUGUCAACCGGUCCCUGUUUUACCUGCGGCAGCUCGUCUACAGCACGUUUGACAUGCUCGUCCACGGCCCCAAGUCCCGCAAGGAGCUCGAGGACCUGGACCUUGCCAAGGUGUGGAACGAGCGCCGCGCCGAGGUGUCGGGCAUCAAAGGGCCCGAGUCGACCGGAUAUAAGGCUCACUGGGGCGAAGGCUUCAACAAUGUCGGUCACUACAUUGGUGGAUACGACGCCGGGUACUACGGCUACAUGUACUCGGAGGUCUUCUCGGCCGACAUGUACUACGCGGCGUUCAAGGCCGAUCCGCUCGACUCAGAGCAAGGCCUCCGCUACCGCCACAUUGUGCUGGAGCGGGGCGGCAGCCGGCCUGAGAUGGACCUGCUCAAGGAGUUCCUGGGCCGCGAGCCCAACUCGGACGCCUUUUUCAAAGACAUUGGCCUGGCAUGA